GAGCUUGUGUUCCACUGUUCCAACUUGUCAGUCAACUCAUGCCAGCACUCUCCUUGUCUGCCUCUCCUCCACACCCUCAUUACAUGUGUCUGUCUGGACUGAUCUGCUCAUCUGUUCAGGGACUCUUCUGACAAGUCAAAAAUUCUGCCUUCUUUCUGCUCUGGAAUUGGAUCAAAUCACUUCAGCUUUUUUUUUUUUUUUUGUAGCCCACCAGGAGGCUUUCUGCUUAUGGUCUCAUUCUGUUUGCUUUACUACCUGUCUGUUUUUGAUUUGUAGAAUGGAGGAAGCCGAAUUGCUGAAAGAAAGAUUCCAGGCCAUAACAGACAAAAGAAAACUGCAAGAAGAAAUUACACAGAAACGUCUAAAAGUAGAAGAGGAGAAAAUGAAACACCAACAUUUAAAGAAAAAAGCCUUGCGAGAGAAAUGGCUCUUGGAUGGCUUUAGUUCUAUGACUCCAAAAGAAGAAGAAGAAAUGCAAAGGCAGAACCAGGAGGACCAACAACGGACUCACGAGCUGGAACAAGACAUUUUCAGACUGGAGAAGGAAAUUGAGGCUCUGGAAAGACAAGAAAUGGAAGUCUCAGCAAAGGAAGAAGCAAUUUUAAAGAAGUUGAAGUCUGUUGAGAAAACAACAGAAGACAUAAUAAAGUCUGUGAAGACUGAAAAAGCAGGAUUUGAAAAAGAGGCAGCAGACUACAUAUAUGCCAGCAUACCUGACCUUCCCAAGUAUUUCAAACCUUCUGCACUGAGAAGCACAGCACAUGCUGACACAGAURAUGAAGAAAAAAGAAAAGCUUUGUUUGCCAUGGAAAUUAAGGUUGAAAAAGACAUGAAGACAGGAGAAAACACAGUGUUAUCAACAAUACCUCUUCCCUCCAAGGAGUUCAAAGAGACAGGAAUUAAAGUCUAUGAUGAUGGCAGAAAGUCAGUCUUUGCAGUGUSCUCGAAUGGCAGCACAACACAAAAUGGGAUGGAUGAACUUGCUCCUGUUGAAGUCGAAGACCUGCUAAGGCAGGCAACUGAAAAAAAUUCUCAGUCUCCCACAGAGUACCAUGAACCUGUGUUUGCAAACAAAUUCUGCAGGCCAGUUACUCCUCAGAAAGACAUAGUAGUCCCUGGACCAAAAGCAGAAGGCACUGACAAAAGAGAGAUGAAUGGAUUUARCAAUCAUCAGACAGAGUUCUCCAAACCAGAGCCCUUUAUGCAGCAAMAUAAAGAGAAUGGGUUUGAUCUUUCAAAGGUAACGCAACCAAAGUCUCCCUCUCCAGUAAUUUCYCAUUCAGAGAGGAAAAUGCACUCUAAUCCUGAGAACAGGAUGAUUCAUAAUGAAGAAAUAAAAGCUGCACAUGAGGAAUUAAAACCUUACCAGAAUACAAGAGAAAAACAUAAUGAGACAAGGUUUUCAAAUCCCUCCCAUACUAAUGAAACAUACCCUGCACUUCAGGAUGAGGAAGAUGUUCGAUACAACAUUGUCCAGGCUGUACCUUGUUACGUGGAUGAAUCUGAGCCAGUGACAAUGGUUUUCAUGGGUUAUCAGCGCAUUGAUGAUGAUGAUGCAGAGGCAAACCAAAAGYUGUCCCAAUAUGAUGGAGUUAUCCGUGCAGAACUAGUUGUCAUUGAUGAUGAUGAUGAAGAAGAUGACAGCAAAUCAGAGAAACCAGCAUAUCAUCCCAUAGGCCAUUACAGUCAGGUUUAUCAGCCACCUAACAGGAAAACCACAGAAGUCCCACAGACAAGCCCYGUGAGCAGUCUGGGUGCGAGCCUGAACAAGGUACCCCACAAAAAUUCCAUCUCCCGGCAAGAACAAGAGGAAUGCUUAAGCUCACCAACACAGCAUGCUCAUCUUCAGAGCCAGGUGUCUGGAGAUGGUACAGAAGAUCCCUCACUCACAGCUCUGAGGAUGAGAAUGGCAAAGCUGGGGAAAAAGGUGCUUUAACAGCUGUAAUGACAUGGAAGUAAAAUUUACCACUCAAAGCAGAUAAAGCUAAGAAGACUUUCUUCCACAUACYUUUUAUGGAUCAUAAUGCUUGUUUUGCUCCUCUGUUUCAUGGGCUAUUUUGCCCCCUGCAUAUUCCAAUGGACUUUAACAGACUCAGAUUUGACCAACUGCCACAUACACACAAAUCAUAUCCUGGAUUUUGUUAAUAGUAGUGGAAAGCUGCCGUUACCUAAGGCCAUAAAUGCAGUGUAUAUASAAGUAUGAAGACAUGUGCAUACCUGUUCUUUCUAUCAGAAAUAUGCUGUUGCUAGAUACACAGAGCAGAUAAAUAUCCAUCUCCAUGGAACUUCAUUAGACAUUGUUUCCCAUUAAAGAGUGCCAAUCUAUCUGAUUUUGACUGAAAUUGCUGUUACAGCAUUCUUUUUGUAAAAGCAUUGGUUAAAACAAAGAAAAAUGUGAGAGAGGAGCAGGAAGAAAUGUAAAUAUAAAAAGUGCUUUUCAGUUACACUACCUUGGACAAAAUGUAAAGCAUUCCUURUAAGUGAUAGCAAAACAAACCAAAAAUAAUUAAGUUAGCAUAUUUAAAUGUUUAGCCACCUUCUCGACCUCCACAGUCCAUUCACCCCUCUAUGUUACCUAUGACAGUGUAGCCAUCCUCACACCCUGCUCUCUUCACCAUCCCACAAACAUGCUGCCCACCCACAACCUCACAGAUCAAUCCCAUGCAUAAUACUAUGAACAGCCUGACCUCCUGACUAUGGUUUCACCUCCAAGCUUGCUAAGAAAGCCCUGUUUUUCCAAGAAACUGGUUGCCAGACAGGCAGUACCUGUCCAUCAAAAAAAAAAAAAAAAAAAAAAAAAAAAAAAAAAAAAAAAAAAAAACCCAAAAAAA